UUCACCGGCGGCGGCGGCGGCGACCGGCGAGCCAUCCUCAGCGACGUGCAGGUGCAGCCAUGUGGCACCUCCAUCCGCUUCUGCAACUAAGGUCAACCCAACCUCCGGCCUCACCUGUCAAUCCACCGGCCACCACCAGUUCUUGGAUGCGUCAGCCAUGUUCUUUCCUCGCCAUGCGUGGGGGUCGCCGCCGCCGCCGUGUUCUCCGGAGUCUCGGGGGAAUCCUUCUGCGGUUCUUUGUCAGCUGAGCCUCCAAAAUCCAAAGUGGGGGAAGGUGGAGAAGGAAUCCAAAACUGGAGAAAUGUGCCUUCUUCUUCUUCUUGUUCAAAGAGGAGCUUGGAGGAUGGCGGAAUGCCAGAGGACCAUGCGUACACCAUCAUAAGUCUUGGAAACCUAUUCUGACUCGGUGUAGUGGUGGAAUAGUUUUCGACUGUCAACAAGGUAGCAGGGUCUGCUAUCAUGGAAAACACCUGCAAGAGAAAGACCUCUAAGACACCCAUUCCCAUGCCUGUACUGCAAGGAUGGGCAGACCUCCCAGAUGACCUAUUGCAUUCUGUCCUUCCUCUGUUGAGUUCAGCAAGUGACCUUGUUGCCUUCAUUGCCACCUGCCCCAGUUGGCAUGCCGCCUUCAGGUCUGCAAAAUCUAUUUUAAGCACCACCCUCUUCCGUCCUCUCGCCAUCCGAAGUUGUUCAUCCUCUGACAAUUAUCCAGAAGUAUGGGAGCUCUUUGAUCCAGCUAAGUCAACCAUCUGCUUACACCGCGUAACUCCGCCAGGUUUUCUGCGGGUGAUGGGGUUUGAAUGUUGUUCCUAUGGUCAUGCCAUCUUCUCCAAAAGUCUAUUCAAUGCUACUUCCUUUGCCAUCGUCAAUGCGUUCACUGGCAUUAGUGUUUCACCUCCACCCUGCCCAUUUUCUGGUUUUCUCAACUGUCGUGCCCUCACAGCUCCCUUUGAUUGUCCUGAUUCACACCUCCUUGUUAGCAGCAUUUCCUCCAUGUUCGCAUGGCGAGUCGGAAGCAACUAUUGGUCAGAGUACCCUUGCAAAGACAUAUCUUCAUCUCUUGAGCACUUUGUGUCCUUCAAAGGCCAGCUGUUUGCCCUCGAAUAUCCGCUGCUUUACACCAUUCGCUUGGAACCCCAGCUCAUCAUGGAAAUACUACAGGUUGUUUGGAGCGAGGUGAUGGCCGAUCCUGAAAUCUGGGAGCCAUGGUUGGUGGUGUGUGAUGACAUGCUUCUCAUGCUUACCCGCUCCACCGGCGAAACCUUUCGCCUUGACCUGUCAUCUGAACCUGCAAUGUGGGUGAAGAUGAAAGAGGAGAAGAUGAAGGAAUGGGCUUUCUUCUUCGAUGAGAAAAAGUCUUACCAGCCACGGCCACCGCUGUCUUGCAAGAACCCACAGAGAUGGGGAGGAGUUGGUAAUGAUGAAUACUCAGCGACCUCUUUUGCACCAUGCCAAGGCACCUCCACAGGGUUUCUGCCCAGCUGGGUGACGCCCACAAUUAUUCUGUCUUGCGAUUAUUGAUGCCAAAACUUUGAAUUCUCCUCAAGUACUACAAAGCAGCUGGGUUUUUUGCAACCUUGCACUCAAGAAGCUGUCCAUGGUCAUGGUGGUAUCUGAAUUACUGAUAGUAGUCAACUAGACUGUAACUGCAAGGGAUGGCUUGCAC